AAACAUUAGCCAACACUGACCCCACCGGUACUGAGUGGCCCAGCGAGCAGCUCCGGCCGGUACACGGAAUCCGGGCACCCACGGUUUCCACCAAAGCGACGCGCCCCGCGACAUGGCGGUGGUGCGCCUGCGCGUAUCUCCACGCCUCCGCUCCAUUCCCCUCCUGCUCUCCCAGCCAGACGCCGCUACAGUCCGGCGUAGUUUCGCCUGCGCCAGCGCCUCCCAAGCCCCCGCACCCGCGCGGGCUAUGGCGGCCCCGUCCUCCUCAUCCGCGACGCCCUCCCCGUACACGACGCUCGUCGGGCGCGUGAGCUGCGAGCGCGAGAUCAAGCGCAGCAAGUUCAUCGCCAUCGCGGCCCCGGUCCCCAACGAGCGUGCCGCCAUGGCCUUCCUGGAUCAGGUCAAGGAUCCACGUGCUACCCAUAAUUGCUGGGCAUACAAGCUGGGAGAUCAAUUCCGUUACAACGAUGACGGUGAACCUUCUAGUACAGCUGGGAAGCCAAUAUACUCUGCCAUCAUUUCCUCUGGCAUUGAUAAGGUCAUGGUGGUUGUGAUUAGAUAUUUUGGAGGCAUAAAACUGGGAACCGGUGGACUGGUGAGGGCUUAUGGUGGGGUUGCUUCUGAAUGUCUUAAAGAUGCUCCUACUUGUCUUGUGAAACCAAAGGCUCGUGUGGGUAUGGAAGUACCAUUUAAUCUGUUGGGAACAGUCUAUCAUCAGGUCCGCUGUUGCCCCCCUUCCCUUUUCUCCUAAAGGAUGGUUAGCCCUAGGGCAGUCGCUCCCCUCUCUUCCCUGGUUAGUGUUUACAGUACUGUGCCAUUCCCUGCAAUUCUUCCUCAAUCCUCUCUCAAAUCUCUGGUGAUGGACAUACAACAGAAACUGAAUAGAGUUGAACUCUUAAUUUAUGAAACAGCAACCGUACUCCGUAGGUAUUUAUAUAUGUCAUAAUGAAGUACUAUGAAUUAUGACAUGUAUUGUUGUCCCAAAUCCUAUUGAAGCGGUUCUAAGUAGUACUCCACCAUUCCAAAUUGUAAGUCAUUCUAGCUUUUCUAGGUACAUAGUUUUUACAAUUAGGAACAACGAGAGCAUUGCUUUGCCAAUGCUAACAUAUGCUUGUGCUACACAAAUUUCUGAAAGUUAACAUUGAACAGUUGCAUUAUGUAAUCUUGUAUUGGAUGGAUCUAUGCCCCAUUGAGGGUGGUAGCGAUAACUGCAAUAUAAAACUAAUUGUUGUUAGACUACCCGUCUAGGGUUUGUGUUAUUCCCUGUGUAAUGACCGUUAUACCCCUGUGUAAUGGGCCUUGGCCCAGUUACUCUCUCUAUUUAAUAUCACUCCCAACCCCUGAUUAGGGUAUGGGUUCCUAUUCUAACAUGGUAUCAGCUAGGUUUAGUCUUUUUUCCUCUCCCCGAGCAGCCACAGCCG